AUGAACCAAAACGGUACAAUUGGUCCUAUACCAAUACACUAUCAAAAUGCGAAUCCACUAUUGUACACACUUGCCCAGGAUCAUACGAACAUUCAACCAUAUUGGAUAAUGAUUCUACAAAUAGCCGGCUUACACUUAUUUUCUCGAUUGCGACAUCUUUUCAAAUAUGGAGUAUUUUCAACAACAUUGGAAAUUGGUCUUUUACGUUGGGCGGUAUUAUAUCAGCUUAAAACAGUGAACAACGUUUUACAAAGAGUCGAUGAUUUUGUCGGAAAUUUUGUACACAACUCUGAAUCUGCUCGAGAGAGAUUUAUUAAAGAAAUGGAACGAAUUAAGAGCCACACUCACGAGACAAAUGAAAAAUUCUAUAAAAAAAUCGAUUUUGAUUUGAUUGAUUAUAUUAUUCAUGGUCUUCCUACACUUGGCCAUGCCAUUUGGUACUGCUAUAUUCAAUCAUCAUGUAUGUCAGCGGAACAGGCAACUCCGUGGAAUUGUUACAAUGCAUUUGGAUAUAGAUUAUUCAAUUAUGUAUUUGUAUCCUAUUGGAAUUUUUCCUUCGUUUUUUACGUACAAUUGAUAGCAUUCAUAUUCAAAGACGCCCAUAAUCUUAAUUUACCAAAAAAAAAACAACCAAAAUCAAUCAUAAAAUACGUCUCCUUUGUUAUUACUGUAGGACUGUAUUUCAUUACAUGGGCGUUUGCUGGUGCUUUGUUAUUGCCAUAUAUGUUCACACAUGUUAUACCAAUGGCAUUUGCAUAUGGAUUUAUGGUUGUGAUCUACUUUUGUCUUUGGGGCGCUGUCUUAUUUUCCACACAGAUCUUAGCAGAACUACCUAAAUUUACUCGCAUAGUAUUCUACAUUUUUCUCCCAAGAUCUCUCACGGGAGCAUUUUAUUCAAUUUCAGCUGCUUUGUAUUCAACUGCACUCUUCAUCAAUACAUUUCCCAUUUUACUUACGGUGUUCUAUAAUUAUUCGCAAUAUUUAUAUUAUGGUGAAAAUUUCAUUUAUACAAUGUCAAAUGAGUUCAAUUCUCGAGAUACUGAAAUAUAUUUUGCCAUAUUUAGAAAUUCAGUUAAUGAAAAACUUCACAGUCUUUUGGAUUUUGUUUAG